AUGUCCCUUCCUCCUAUUGGUGCUUGGAAUGUGAGAGGGUUUAACAACCCGGUCAAAGUUAAGAUGUGCAAAGACCUUAUCUCUAUGUUUAAUCUGAAGUUGAUUUUUAUUUUAGAAGCUAAAAUCCAAUCUGAUGCUCUUCAAGACGAUUGGUUUAAUUAUUCUCAUUCGCUGUUUGACAAUGAGAGCUGUUGUCAUAAUUUCAGUUUUUCUUCCCCUGGCCGCAUCUGGGUAAAAUGGGAUUCCUCUUCUCUUCUCUUCAAUCCCAUUUUUACCUCUUCUCAGGUUAUUCAUGGUUCUAUUAAUUUGGGCUGCUUGCCCCUUUUUCACGUUACGGUUAUUUAUGCGUCUAAUUCUGCUGAGGAAAGGAAGGAGUUGUGGGACUCUCUUUUGAAUAUUGCUGUUAACAUGGAUUUUCCCUGGGUCUUAAUGGGAGAUUUUAAUUGUCAUAGAUUUGAUUUGGAGAAGGCUGGAGGGGUUCCUUCUUCUAUUUAUAGGCUCGGUGAGUUAAAUUCCUUUAUGUUUGAUUCUGGUUUACAAGACCUCAAAUCUGUAGGAUUGCUUUACACUUGGUUUAAUCAGAGGCCCGACAAUCCUAUUCACAUCAAACUGGAUCGUAUGCUGAUUAACUCUUCCUUUUUGGAUCUUUUUCCUUUGGCUUAUUACAAAGUGGAUUCCCACUCUGGCUUUGAUCAUGCUCCUAGCAUUCUUUUUGCUAAUACUCAAAAAAAGGGGUUUUCCAGAUUCAUGUUUAAGGAAUUCUGGCUCAGCUUUGAUAACUUAUGGGAUGAACUUCUCACUGCUUUUGACAGGCCUCUAGCUGCUUCCCCGAUUGCUUCUCUAUAUGAUAGUCUUGUUUCUCUGAAGUGUGCCAUUAAAAGAAAUAAUUGGUGUUCCUCCAAUUAUCUUUCUAACAACAUUCUGGAACUUAAGAAUCAACAAGCUCUUUGCUUAGAGCAAAUUCAAAGGGAUCCUCUCAGCUUGGAACUGAAUUUCAGACUUAAGAACACUAAUGAGCAAAUGGCUUCUGCCCAAGUUGCUUGGUCUUCAUGGAUCUCUCAAGGAGUUAAGGCGUAUUGGUUGUCACAAGGAGAGGAUGAUCUUGGCUUUCUAUUUGCCAAGAUCAGAGCUAGAACCAAUAGGAACAUGAUUAAAGAGCUUGCCACUUCAUCUGGUCUCCUUACCUCUCAUUCUGAGAUUUCUAAGGCUCUUGUGGAUCAUUUUCAUUCUCUUUUGAAUGCCCCGGCUCCACCUUUUGAGAACUCUUACAACAUUCAUGCGGGUAACACUGUUCCUCCCCAAGCUUUAGCUGCAUUGACUGCACCUAUUACUAAUGAAGAAAUCAAGAAGGUGGUUUUUGGGGGGUGGCUUCCUCUUCUCCGGGCCCAGAUGGCUAUUCUUUUGCUUUUUAUCAGAAAACCUGGUUGA